CACCUUGACACGGAUUUAACAUGAAUGUGGACUUAUAAAAUUUUAAGGAUUCGGACGUCCACUUUUAUGGAGGGCAGUAGAAGAUGUUGAAAUGCAUAUAUUUCAACUAUGUUUGUUUUUAGGAAAUAUAGCGCUUUUAAUAAAUGUGGGAGACCAGAUACAUUUGAUGACCUUCAAUAACCCAAGUUUAUUUAAAUAUAAUGAAGUCAGCCCAAGAAAUAUUGUCAUCCUGUGUAGAUUAUUCUCGAGUAACGUGGUUACAUCCCUUAAAAAAUGUUCGCAACCACUCUAUGGUCAUGGUUUUGAUCAGUUAACGGGUAAUAAAUUUGGUCAGUUUUAUGAAAACCUAUGUGUUACGGGAUACAGCCUACAAGUAGACGACCUCAAUUUCACUAGCAAAACCUCGAAGAAUGAUGUCUAUGGGUUUUUCUUUCUUUCCGAAAAUAAAUUAAAGGGUUAUGUAAAUAUUUCAUCUUCAGAAAUAUAUCCAUCAGGUUUUACUAUUCUCAUCGAAUCCAUAAAUCAAGAAUUAGGACUAAACGACACUAAUUCAGUUCACUCUACUACUAUGUGCCAUUUAUUCAGUGCCACGUACAACUCCACUAUUUUUCCUUUAAAGGUUACGAUCUUCGAAAACGGUACUAAAGCAUCUUCAAAUGUUCAAAGAUGGAGUCAAAUUUCACCAAGUAGAAAUAAUUCGACAUUUCAUUCUUUCAAUUAUACUAUUAACUCAACAUCAUCUACCAAUGUUCAAUUAUUUGAUUCACAUUAUCGUAACAACAACAUAGCCAGAAGAGUGAAACGCUCCUCUAUAUCAAUGACAAAUACCUCAAUUUUGGAUACAUUACAUGUUUUCCAUCGUCCCGGUGAAUCGCAGCCAUAUGUGGUGGAGUUGUUUAUGGUUGUGGAUGAAACUAUGGUUGCAGAAUUUCGUGGACAAUAUCAUCAAUUGAUUUCUCGUAUUAAUAUGAUUAUUGCACUUGUAAAUAAGUUGUUUGCUCCAUUCAACAUUGUAACAGUUAUUGUUCGUUUAGAAAUUUGGGAACAGGAUCGUGUUAGUUUAAAAGUUGAAGAACAUCAUCUGCUCACUGCAUUAGCUCAAUUUAAACGAAUGUAUGCUAAUGUGCGUCAUGAUUGCUUGCAUGCUCUAUUAGGUACAAAAGAACAAGGCUCACGAACACGUGGAAAAGCUAAUCAUAUGACCAUGUGUAUUUAUUCGCGUUGUGUUGGUUACAGUAGAGUAUCACCAACACUUGAUAUUAUUGAAACAGCUCGCACUAUCGCACAUGAACUUGGACAUAAUUUCGGUUUAAGACAUGAUACUGAAGAAUGUGAAUGUCAAGGUUGUAUAAUGGCUACUGGUGUAGAAUUUGGCACAACAGUUAUGAAAUGGUCACCAUGUUCUAUAAGAGAUUUACCAGGUCUAUUAAACCAUGGAAUGGGUGUUUGUUUACAUGAUUUGCCUGCUAGUGGGAGUGUAACAAUUAAUUCUUUCGUACCAAACUCUAAAACAUCUACACAUAGAAAGAAUAACAAUAAUGAUAAUAACAAUAUAAGUAUUCCAAGUGUUGUACAUAUUUAUGAUUGGCAAAGUGAAGCGAAACGAAUUCCAGUUAGUCGUGUAUUAACUAUAAGACAACGUCAUUCUGCCUCAUCUGUUGAGAAAUAUUCAAAUGGAUUAUGUGGAAAUGGGGUGUUGGAUCCUGGUGAAGAAUGUGAUUGCGGUACACAAACUUCAUGUCCAGAAAAGUGGCAAGCCUGUUGUGACCCAGUACGUUGUCGAUUACGUGGUAAUUCUCAGUGCGCUGGUGGUCCAUGUUGUGAUAUUAUUAAAAAAAAUUCCCUGGAAAAUGUGAAUCAAUCAGCAUCUUUUUAUUGUAAAUUAAAAUCUUCCGGAACUAUCUGUCGUAAUGAAUCUGGUACUUGUGACUUACCGGAAUAUUGUGAUGGUCGUAGUCAAUGGUGCCCAGCCGAUGUAUACAAAAUCGACGGUGAAUUAUGCUAUACCGAUGAAGGUCGUCGUGCUCAUUGUAUUCGUGGUGGUUGUCGUGAAGCAGAUGGUUGGUGUCGUGUAUUAUGGGGUAAAACUGCCAGACUUGCUGAUAAAUAUUGCUUUUAUGAAAAUGAAGUAAAGAGUAGAAAAUCUAAUGUCGAUUCUGUAGCAAAUUGUGGCGUACACCGACCAUUAUCUAAAAAUCGAUGGGAAGAUGUAAAAACGUGGACAGGAAUAGCUUGUGAAACAUGGCAUGAUACGUCCUGUGGACGAUUAUGGUGUCAUCAUCAAAAUGAAAAAGCUAUGCUUCUUGGUUGGAUUCAGUCACAAACACGUGUUAUUCACUCAUCUGGUCGAUCAUGUUCUGCACUAGUUUAUGAUCCAGUUUGGCCAGCUUCAGAUCCUACCACUUGGGACGAGAACAAAUUAGUUCAAAUUAAUGCGAAUGGUGCAGGUGUUGGACUUUAUUCAGCAAAUACACAAGAUGCUGGGAUGGUUCCUGAUGGGACACCUUGUUCUCGAGGCUUUUGUUACAAUGGUACUUGUAAAACAAUCGAUAAUGUUCGUCCACUGUAUUCAUGUUAUUGCAAUGGUCGUGGCAUUUGUAAUAAUUUAGGACAUUGUCAUUGUUCACCCGGUUAUAAACCACCUUACUGUGAAGAAGAUGGAAAUGGUGGCAGUGUAGACAGUGGGCCGCCUCCAAUAAGUAGGAUCAAGGAUAACACAUUACUUGUUGUAAUAUGCAUCCUUUUCUUUGUGAUUUUACCUCUCAUUGGAUUUGGCGUAUACUAUGUAUUUAUACGUUCUGGUAGAUGUUUAGUGAGCACAUCAAAGGAGUUUAUUUAUACAAGUAGUGGCUUACGUAAACCAUGUGAUAAAAAUUGUACAGAAUGCUUUUGUCAACUAUUCAGUUUCCUAGUAUCUUUCACAGAACUAUUCACAAGAUCUAGUCGUACAACAGUAAUCGAUGGUAGUAAUACAAUCAUUGUGUCAAAAAUGACAAAGCCGAAAAUUCAAAACAAAGUGAUAGACUCGAAAAGCCGUACCCCUUACUUGCAUUCGCAGCCUUCGAUUCAAAAGUCACAGAGAAUAAGGGAUUCAUCAACGGUCAAACCAAUGGUUACUGCAAUGUCACAUCCAAUGGUAAACUAUCAAACGGUUCUUACAGACCAGUUAAACCAAAAACAGUCAGCUUUGAACCAGUGCCCUCUAAGAAAACAACUUCCAAUUUCAAUGGAGUCAAAACAACUUGCUCACAAAACACCUUGUUCACUAGUUCAUCAACAGAAAAUAGCACAAAAGCAGCAAACAAAUAUCACCGCACAGGUUCGAAAAGAGAAAUUCCAACUUUAGUUUCUAGAAAUGAUAAAAACUGCAUCAUCAAGGAAGAUAAUAAAGAAACAAUCCCAACUAGUCACCUGAAGUUUACUAAAUUCGAUAGUCAACAUCUCUCCACCGCUUUUGAACAUCAUCAACAACAUUUACACUCGAACAUUACAUCUAUAAAGCCAACUACAUUCAUUUCAGAACCCCGACUUGAAACAAUGACUUAUGAAGGACCAAUGUGUUCUUUAAAUGAUCCAGUUAUAAUUAAUACAUUACAACGUAAAUCUAAAAACACACUUGAUAAUCAAUCAAAAUCUGCUUCAUUUACUAAUUCUCAAUCAUCUAUUAAUAAACAAAAUUGUCAACAGAAGACAAUCACUAAUCAACACCUUACAACGCAACCACUGACAACAACAGUUGUAACAGGUGGACGUCAACCACUUUCAUCGAAAGAUAUAUCUGAGCCAUUAUUACAAGCAACUACAUAUAACGAAAGUUUAUCGGAUCUAAAAACAGCUAGAUUGAGAUUAUCACAGAAAGAAUUUGAACUUUGAUUAUUAUUUUCCGUUAGUCGUCUGUCCGUUGAUGGGUUUCUCACAUUUAUUGUUUAGAAUUCUGAUCUAUUCCCAUUAAAUGUUGUUUUCUCGCAAUUCAUUCCAAUAGAAAAUGAAUAUAUUAAUAAUAAGGGAAAUAUCUACUAUGAGAAUUAAACAUUUACAUUGUACGAAAUACACCAAUAUAGUUAUUAUUUUCAAUAAAUGUGAUAAUCUAGUCGUGUUGCUUUUUUGUGGUUUUAUCUUUAUUCGAUUCGGAUCGUAUUUAUUUAAAUAGUAAUGAUUCAUUUAUUGAUAUUAAUCGAUGAACUCUCUUGAAAAGUUGACGUAUAGUUGGAUAUUCCAGGCCGAAUUCAACUCAGGCUGAUAGAGAUUAUUAUGUAAGUGAUUUUGUUUUUAUAAAAGAUAAUCUCUUGUUUUUGUGUGUAUUUGCUGAUGUGAUGAAUUUCACUUUCUUGUUCUUAUAUAUCUAACACAAUUCGCUUGUAUACAACUAAUUGUUCUACUUAUCUUCCAAUCAACAUUCAUUAUAAUAAUAAUAUUAUUCUGGUGUGAAAUAACCUUCAUGUUCAUUUUAAAGUCCACUUUACUUAUAGAACUAAUGGAAACAAUGAUCAAUUGGUUAUCAGUGAUAUAAACAUUUAUAUAUUUGCUUAUGUGUGUUGUUAUUGUAUUUAUCUUAGAACUUUCCGCUUUUAUAGAUGACUGCUCUUGAAUUCUUACUUAAUUUGAAUGUCAAAAUUAACGAUCUGUGACAUGUUACAUAUAAAAAUUAGUAAAAAUGUCGAUUAAAUUCUUGCCUCCCUACUUUUCAAAUAUUCUCUAAUUGCCUUUUUUGUUACAAAAAUAUUUAUUAUAAUAUAUUUAAUAAAAGUAUUUUCAAGCAAUCCAAUGAGUUAUUACAUGUGUACUGAGUGAAAUGGUAGAAGUUAUAAGUCAACAAUCGUCAUAUAACACAUAACUAGUGAUGUAAAAAAUUUCAGCUACCAUAUUUGUUUAUUUAUUCUUUUUAAUUAUGAUGAUGAUACGUACUUCAUGCUCAGGUUUUGUUUUUUAAUCUUAUAUUUAUGUGUAAGCGGAAUUAAUUUACCUCUUUAGUCGCCUUCAUCAAUCAGCAGAUUAAAAAUAUAUAUAUAGUGUGAAA